AUUUCAUCCAAAGAUGUCAUUGAUCCCUAGCUCUCAACCUCCGACGCGCCUCCCCAUCGCCGGGCACCGCUCCGUGCCGGCCGACGUAUCCCAGAGCCCCACCGGAGGGUUAGGCCGCACUCGAGCCGAAGAUGGCGUCGGCGCCGGCGCCAUUGCGCCUCCGCCCCGUCCAUGGUGCAUUCGGGCCGAAGAAGGCGCUGCCGCCCUUGCGCCACCGCCCCGGACAGGCUACCCGAGGGCCUACUACGGCAGGCCGCAUGCACCCUCGAGUCGUGGUCGGGCUGAGCACGCCCGCCGCUCCAUGCCGUGCCUUCCUUCGUGGUGCCCAGCGCCCGUAGCUCCGUCGGCGUGGUUCGCUCGGCAGCCAGCAGCGCCGGAAGCUCGACGCUCCGCUUCCCCUUCCGGAAGCGCUGGACUGCCAUCCCUAAGCAGCCCUGUCCGAGCUCCCAGCCGUCGACGCCAAGCUGCGUCCUCGCCGGCCUUCCGCGGGGUUGUUGAUGCUAUGCUACGUCAUCGUCAAAUCCCCGUUCACACCACAAUUUUCUCGAGUUAGGAGAAUCAAGGGGGCACUAUUACGAGAAUGUCCUUAUAUUUUCCAUGGAUAAUUUGUCAGUAUGAGAGGAGACUGUUGCCAGGUUUUCGUAGAGCCAUUCCUAACCUUAAUUAUAUGAGGCCAGCGGUGGAGAAUUAGCAAGAGAGCUAUAAUCAGUGCAUAGAUGACCAAGUUAUCUACUUUUUUUUAUGAAGUGUCGAUUCCUAAAUAGAGUUCGGAGCUAGGUCCUGCACGUUGAUUGUGCUUCAAGGUACAGUGGUUUGUAGCUUACAAGACUAUAGUUCUGUAUUGGUUGCGGAUCCUAGGACCAAAGCUUGAUUAAUAGGUAGCUGAAGAAGUGAACAAUUGUUAGUCAUUGCAUGUUUCCUUUGUUACAAAUAAAAUAAAUAAGUAGAUUGCAUUUCUUUGAGCUAGACUCUGAAAUUUUGGUUCAUGAGUAACUGCAGAAAUACAUAUCUUACUUUUCGUCA